CAACCACCCACUGCAGGGCGCCCCUCCAUCCGUUCCAGGCAACCUCUCAACCACCUGGACCCCAACACUCCGACUUGUGACAGUUUGCUCCGAUCGUCACCCGGUUCUCACAACUGCUUCAACUUGCAGAGAGAGAGAGAGGGAGAACUGGCAAUCAACAUGGGUAAUUUACAGUCUCUUCUGCUCGUUCAUUAUUCGGUUGUAAUUCUUGGAAAUCGGCGGCUGACCAAACACCUCCUCCCAUCCUUCCAUCCACCGCAGAGCUCCCUCUGACCGACAAACUGGUCGACCGCAAGCGCGAUGCCCUCUUCGACUCUGCCCGCCAAUGCGCCGACCCCACACGGCCCUGGCUCUCGGACCCGCGCUACUUCACGACGGUGCGCAUCUCGCCCAUCGCCCUCAUCAAGAUGGUCAUGCACGCCCGCUCCGGCGGCUCGCUCGAAGUCAUGGGCAUCAUGCAGGGCUAUGUGGACGGUCCCGCCCUGGUCGUGACGGACGCCUUCCGCCUGCCCGUCGAGGGCACCGAGACGCGCGUCAACGCCCAGAGCGACGCCGACGAGUACCUCGUGCAGUACCUGUCCCUCUGCCGCGACGAGUCCCGCCAGGAGAACGUCAUCGGCUGGUACCACUCGCACCCGGGCUACGGCUGCUGGCUGUCCGGCAUCGACGUCGCCACCCAGCAGCUGCAGCAGCUGCAGGGCCCCAUGGUCGCCGUCGUCAUCGACCCGGACCGUACCAUCUCCGCCAACAAGGUCGACAUCGGCGCCUUCCGCACCUACCCGGAGGGCUACGUGGCCCCGGCGGCCAACCCCAACAAUGACAACAACCCCGCCAACACCACCUCUUCUUCCUCCUCCCCACUCUUGACCGCGCCCUCGAUCUCGACCGCCGCGACCACCACCGGCGGCGGUGGCGGCGGGCAAUCGGUGCCGCUGACCAAGGCCGACGACUUCGGCGCGCACGCGAGCAAGUACUACGCGCUCGAGGUCGAGCACUACCGCGGCACGCUCGACGCCAAGCUGCUCGAGCUGCUGUGGAGCAAGUACUGGGUGGCGACGCUGGCGCAGAACCCGCUGCUGACGAACCGCGACUACGCGAGCAGCCAGAUGUGCGACGUCGCGCAGCGCGUGCUCGGCGCCGCGGCCAGCGUGACGCGGUCUGGGCGCGGCGCCGCUGCGGCCGCUGCGUAUGGGUUCGGGCCCGCGGGGGCGGAUAUUAGCGCCGCUGGGAGCGGCAGCGGCAGUGGCGGCAGUGGUGGUGGUGGUGGUAGUGGUGGGGCUGGUGGUACUGCGGGUGGUGUUGGAGGAGGAGGGAAGGGGUUGGGUGCGGGCAAGACGGCGAGGGAUAGGGCGAUCGACAAGAUCGUGCAGGACAUGGAGCAGAUCGCGGCCAAGGAGAGGGCCGGGCUGGUCGCGGCCGAGGUCAAGGCGCAGUUAUUCAGCAGUAGCAGUAGUACGAGCGCGGGUGCGUGAUGAACGAAGGUGGUAAUUGAGGGGGGGGUUGCGGGGGACGAGAACGCUGGGAAGGAGUCAAGGGAUUCCGGGUUCAUGGUGCCGUUCGGUAGAGGGCGCAAAGGGCCGGCGCGCGAAAAACCUGGGUGGUUUGGUAUUGC